AUGCUUUAUCUCGAUAUCAUCUUCUGCCGAGAAUAUCUAAAAAUAUCGGGAAUAGAAGUUGGAGACAAUGAUAAAGAGUGGGAAGAAGAUACAUCUAGUGAAGACGAUGAUGAUGAGUGGGAAGAAAAUACAUCUUGUGAAAAUGAGAUGAAGAGUGGGAAGAAGAUACAUCCAGUGAUGAUGAUAAUGAUGAGAUUUGAAGAAGUGCUGGAAUUUUUUGAACUGUCAUUUCCAGAUGUUCCAAGUGUGAAAGAAGAAGAAGAAAGGUUAACAAAUGCUGAAGAAUAUUACAAAGUUAGGGGAGGAGAUGAUAAUGAAGGAGAUGGGGGAGGAAAUGACGAUGAAGAUGGGGGAGAAGACAGUAGUGAUGACACGUAUGAAGGAAGUUUUUCUGGAACGCUUUAUCUUGAUAUCAUCUUCUACCGAGAAUAUUUAAGAAUAUUAGUAAUAGAAGUUGGGGAUAAUGAUAAAGAGUGGGAAGAAGAUACAUCUAGUGAAGAUGAUGAUGAAGAGUGGGAAGAAGAUACAUCUAGUGAAGAUGGGAGAGGAGAAUAUGGGUUUGAAGAAGUGUUGGAAUUUCUUGACCUGUCAUUUACAGAUGUUGCAUGGGUAGAAGAAAAAGAAGAAAGGUUGACAAAUGCUGAAGAAUAUUACAAAGUUGGGAGAGGAGAUGAUAAUGAAGGUGAUGGAGGAGGAAAUGACGAUGAAGAUGGAGCAGAAGAGGAUAGUGAUGGUGACGAAGAGGAUGAAGAAUUUUCAGGAGGCGACGAUGGUGAAGGAGAUUGGGAAGCUGGUGUAGAUGAUAAAGAUGAAAAAGAAGAUGAAGAUGAAGAUUAA